AUGGGCCUGUCGCCAGAUAUUCGGGACAUGCAGUGGAAUGGAGAGGCUGCCCUCAGCAUGAGAGAAGCAAGAGAUCGUGCCCAGCUAACUGAAGCAGCCUUAACGGAGCCAGACCUUGCAGCUUGCAUGGCCAGCCGGAGGGCAGCUGACGUGCCGAACCACCGCAGCAGCAAUGACGACGAUGCUGCUGUCACCCGCGGUACGCCUUCGUCAUUUUCCAACGAGGAGAGCUUCUCCUCGUCUGCUUCGAACGAGCGUGGCUUCGGCAAGCGGAAGAGGCGGCAGCGGGAGCGACCGGUGUGCACGUGGCCCAAGUGCAGCAAACCAGUCGGCCACCUCAUCGGUCGGUGCUAUCGAAGAAUCAAGUCACAGCGAAAAGCCCAAAAGGAGCGGCGGGCUCACCGCAAGAAGAAGCGAGCCAAGACCUCCAGGACCACCGCGUGCCGCCCGGCCGCUCCGGACGGAGCAAUCGAUCUUUGA